AUGCGAGCCCUGAUGAAGGUGAAUAACCCGCGUCUGACGCGUCAGGCCUUCGAGCGCACCCAAACGAUGGAUGAAAUCAACGGCCAGAGCGGAGCGCAAAAGCCCGGUGAUCAGCAAGCAGGAAGAACUCUUUCAACGGACAAACUCACUGCCAAUGCUCCAAGUCUUUCUGUUGCCGUGGAUGCUAGCAAUGGUGCCGAGAAUGCUCAACAAAUGCCUGCUAUUUCUGAAGAAAAACAAAAUGGAAACGGACACGCAAAUGGUACUCUCUCCGUUGUCCCUCCCGUCUCAGCUGGAGGAAAUCAAGUCUCAGACACGACGCUCAACGUUUCCAACGACAGUGAAGAGGAUGCCGAUUUUCUCGACAUGUCCUGGCCCCAAGGCGACUGGAAAAAGCAGGCCAUUUACCUCUUCCUCUUACCAAUAACCGGGCCUCUCUAUCUCGUCGUCCCUGAUGUUCGACGACCUGGAAAGGAGAAAUGGGUGGUCGUUACAUUCAUCAAUUCUAUCUUGUGGAUUGCUGUUUACAGUUAUCUGAUGGUCUGGUGGGCUGACGUUCUCGGAGGAGCUUUUGGAAUAAGCCCUCCUGUCAUGGGUCUAACCUUCCUCGCCGCUGGAACAUCCGUACCCGAUCUGAUCACGUCUGUUAUCGUUGCGAAAAAGGGUCUUGGAGACAUGGCAGUUUCAUCCAGUAUAGGGUCGAAUAUCUUUGACAUCACAGUGGGACUACCAUUGCCAUGGCUGAUUCGCACGGCAAUUGAUGCUGGAGUACCCGUUCAAGUGAGAUCGGAAGGAAUGGUCUGCAAUAUCUCACUUCUCUUUAUUAUGCUGCUUGCUGUCUUCUCCGGAAUCGCCUGCUACAAGUGGCGCAUGACGAAAGGUCUUGGAGCGGGAAUGUUCAUUCUUUAUGGCGUUUUCCUCGCAUUCGCCCUUACCCUUGAAACCGGAAAAGUGGAGUGUCCGAUUCAAGUUGGCGGUUAA